AUGCCUGUAGACGACAGAGAUCCUCAGGGACACAGAAUGGCCGGGAGGCAGCGGCUCAUCUACUCCCUGCUGUCAGUAGCUGGGGUCUUGUCCCUGUUCUGCUGCUUCCUUGAAUUGGGCAAGACCUUCUUCCCGCUCAAGACAGCCAGUAAAUCCUGUGUUGCUAAAUUUGGACCAUUACCCUCCAAGUGGAAACUGUCGUCCUGUGAGUCUCCUUGCAUGAAUUACACAGAUGACUGGAAACUGAGGAUACUUCAGGAUGGGCUGUAUUUAGUUUUUGCUCAAGUGGCUCCGAAUACGACCUACCAGGAAGUGGCCCCUUAUGAGGUGCGACUUCUAAAAAACCAAGACAUCUUACACGUGAUCAAGGACAAAUCCAAAGUCGAGUAUGUAGGAAGGUCUUUUGAACUGCAUGCUGAAGAUACCAUAAACUUGAUAUUCAAUGCGGAACAUCAAGUUCUGAAGAAUAACAGUUACUUGGGGAUCUUCUUAAUAGAUCAUCUCAAAUUCACCUCCUAG